UGCGUGUACAACAAUUUCGAUGCUGCUACUGCUUUACGCUUUAACUCAUACCGCUUUGCCUUGCUCUGUGAUCAUAAUCCACACCGAAGACGAUUUCACAUCAACCGCUUAGAUACCCACUUGAGAGAGAAUCAACAACAGCCAUGACCAUGUCAAUAACCGACGGAAAUUACCGAAGUUUGUCGACGCAGUUCCAGUACAUGAGCAACGCCGACAUGGACUGGGACAUAAACGACCCCGUAGUGCCAAAGCCAUGCGUUUACGAUCAAUUCAAGGAGUGGACGGAGGGUCACACGAGGCUAAUCUAUGAAGGAAGUAACGUAGAUGCCAAGAAACACUGUAGUGGUUGGGCCAUGAGAAAUACAAACAAUCAUAAAUGUUCCAUUCUUAAAAAAUCUUGCCUUGGAGUUGUGAUAUGUGAUAGAGACUGUACGCUGCCGACCGGGGAAAAAAUCAGUCUUAGACCAGCAAUAUGCGACAAGGCACGAAAGAAACAACAAGGAAAGCUUUGUCCAAAUCCUGACUGUACCGGAAAGCUGGAGAUUCGACCAUGUCGCGGACACGGCGGUUAUCCCGUAACCCACUUUUGGAGGCACGAGAGUGAUGCUAUUUAUUUUCAAUCCAAGGGCGUGCACGACCACAGCCGUCCAGAAGCAAAAUUCACCGCAGAGGCUCGCCGCAGUCUGGGCACUAAGAGAUACAAAAAAAUAUUCAACUACUUUGCCAAGGAAGGAGUGAACAACCAGUUAUUUUGUGGCCUUGAUGUAUACUUAUCAAAAUCCAGCCCUUUGAAGAGAGCGGCCGAAACCGCCGAAUUUGAGAAGGUUAAAAUCGAGCCUUCGGUCAAGAGACAGUGUAUGGACCAGGAAAAAGAGUUAAACGGCCUAAUAAAUCAUAUUAUCGAUGCCAAAUCUAUGGUGCCCGAUACAGUGAUGCAGUAUGUUACCAAGACAACCGUUAGUGAUGCGUCUCCUCUCGACUCGAAGGCUUCAGUCUUCCCGAUACGGAUGGUGGAGAAUCAGUACAGCGGGAUGGAAUCAACUCUAUGCGAGAACAACCAUUACCAACAGAGGGCGCAGUGUGUACCAGGUGACGUUACCAGCGCAAACAGUUGUCAACUGGCCAAUGGCUUCAAUCAAUCAACAAUUUGCUAUUCUCCUGUUAGUUUCCAUGACAACCAGGCGGUACCAAACGGACAAACUUUCCCCAAUGCGUCCUCACCUGUCACGAGCCUAGAUACUAGCUCUAUAUACCAAAACAGUUCGUCGCCAGCAGUUAGCCGCUAUGAUCACAUACCAACCGCCAAUGACUGUGAACAAUUGAAUGUUAAUGACGUCAUGACUGACGUCAUCAAGACUAUGGCAUCACCAAACAAUUCCACGUGCCAGUUUGUUAAUAAUAUGCAAGACAGCCUCGACGGUCGACGAAGCAGCUCACCGCGUGACUACUUGCAGCUCGAUUCAUACAAACUACCACAUAUUACUUCGUUCCUAGGCCAAAGCAAAGCCCCAAGACAAGUGCCAUCGCCGAUGCUAUCACCAGUGCCAUCACCGACUCAGCUAAGCCCAUGCGGUAGUCCCUAUGCCAGCAGUUGCCUUAGCAACCAACUAGACUCUUGUGGCGAUCUUGAAUCUCUAGACGUUAAACUGUUUGACCAAUCGCCAGUCCCCGAGACUAGCAAUAUUCUUUCUCAGCUUCGAGGCAUUCUAGACUUUCCAGAAAUUUUUGACGAACUUCCCCUUUCCACCGAAGCCCACAACGACUCCGGCUAUCACGACGUUGCUUACACCGGCUUCCAAAGAAUGAACUCGUCCUCCGGUUACCACAGCGCUCAAUACAGCGACUGUGCAUGGAAACAACCAAUCACAACAGCUUACGAUAUACCAUCGGUGCUUUAAAGACUAGAUCGACAGAGGGCGCUGUGACCCAUACGGACACAUGCCCGCAUGAACAUGAAAUGUCAUUUGUUUUAUCAACUGAAAUAAGUUAAACCAAAUAAAUAUUUUUAUUUCUAGAGUACACAGACCAUUCAUUUUACUCAAAUGUGCAAUGGGAGUUUUACGCUCCAUUUUAAAAUGUUUGGUCUGCUUUUAUCCAGAGACGUUUUCGUAGUAAAUUGUUUGUGAACAACGAUAUAUAAUAUUUAUACAGAUAAAAGUGGUAAUCACACGAAAUUAUUUAAAAAAAAUCAUUUUUUUUCUUUUUUCUGAAAUAAUACUAAAUUUGGUACCACGUGACCCAAAUUCAAUACAGAGCAUGCAAUGAUAUUUAUAGAGAAAGUACUAUAGUUGUUGUUGUUAUUAUUAUUAGAUAUUUUUAAAGUCUGUGAUGUUUUUUUAAAAAGAGAUUAAACUUAUGUAUUUGGUGCUUUUUAAAAAAAAGUCGCUGGAAACCAAUAAAAUCAAAUUUAUUAUGUUAA